AUGGAUAAGAAGUAUAAGAGCUCUUGUUGGAGUAUUCAUGGUGAGACAAGAGAAUCUACAAAAGACAGUGGUCUUCAAUAUGAUACGGAGGCAUUUGAUUUGUUUAAGACAUCAUUCUCUAUGGAUGAAGGUGGUCCGAAUCAGACGAAUGACAUUGCGGUGGAGACAAAUGAUGAUGAUGAAGCAGCAGAGGAAACUGAAUUUAGGAAAACGUUAAGAGACGCUGAAACGUCAUUGUACUCGGAUUGUAUCAAGCAGACAAAGGUUUCAGCAAUCAUGGGACUUUACAGAUUCAAGGUUAAAAGUGGUGUGUCUGAGAACUACUUUGAUCAGCUAUUGGUUUUUCUUCAAGACAUGCUACCUGAAGACAAUGUUCUUCCGAAGAGUAUGGAUGCAAUCAAGAAAUUUUUGAAGAUAUUUGGUUUCGGCUACGACAAUAUUCAUGCUUGCAAGAAUGAUUGCAUACUCUAUAUGAAGGAGUUUGAGAAGCUAGAAUGCUGUCCAAGAUGCAAAGUUUCAAGAUGGGAAAAGGAUAAGAACAUCAAUGAGUUAAAGGUUGGGAUUCCAGCUAAGGUCCUUAGAUAUUUUCCAAUCAAGGACAUACUUAAGAGGAUUUUUAGAUCAAAAAGGAUGGCUGAAGAUCUGUGUUGGCACUAUACCAAUGCCACUGAAGAUGACUUUGCUGCAGAACCAAGGAAUCUUCAACUUGGAAUUUCUACAAAUGAGAUGAACCCUUUCUCUAUGCAAAACACCAAUCACAUCACAUGGACAGUGUUGUUAGUGAACUACAAGACACCUCCAACUAUGUGUAUGAAGGCUGAGAAUAUAAUGUUGACUUUGUUGAUCCCUGGUCCAACAGAUCCUAGUAAUAACAUAGAUGUUUACUUAGCACCAUUGAUAGACGAUUUGAAAUAUUUGUGGGCUGCGGGUAUUGAAGUCUAUGACUCAUUUACGAAGGAGAAUUUCACACUUAGAGCCUUGCUGCUUUGGAGUAUCAGUCACUAUCCAGGCUUAGGUACAUUGUAUGGAUGUAAAGUGAACGGGAAACAAGCCUGCAAUGUAUGUGGAAAGGAUACACCUUCUAGGUGGCUUAAGUUCAGCCGUAAGUUUGUCUACAUGGGAAAUAGAAAUAAACUACCGCCUGGCCAUCGUUACAGAUAUAAAAAAGCUUGGUUUGACAAAACUGUUGAGGAAGGGAAUGCCAAUAGAAUACAAACUGGCGCUGAAAUAUAUGAGACACUACAAGUUUUUAGGAAUGAUUUUGGAAGAUCUCUAGAUAAGGAAAGUAAAAGAAAAGGAUCAGAGUUGGAAGAUGAUGAGAUGGUUCAAGAAGAAGAGUGCGAGGAAUCAAGGACAUACUUAGGAGGAUGUUAG